AUGGGGAGCACAGAAGAGAGUGUUGUUGCUGUAAUCAUGGUGGGCGGACCAACUAAAGGUACUAGAUUCAGACCACUGUCAUUGAACAUUCCGAAGCCACUAUUUCCAUUAGCGGGACAAGCAAUGGUUCAUCAUCCUAUAUCUGCUUGUAAAAGGAUCCCAAAUCUGGCACAGAUCUACCUAAUUGGUUUCUACGAGGAGCGGGAAUUUGCAUUAUUUGUUUCUUCUGUUUCUAACGAGCUUAGAGUUCCUGUCAGAUACUUGAAAGAGGAUAAGCCACAUGGUUCAGCUGGUGGUCUUUAUAACUUCAGAGAUUUGAUCAUGGAAGACAACCCGUCACACAUUGUAUUGCUGAAUUGUGACGUUUGUUGUAGUUUUCCACUGCCUGAUAUGCUAGAGGCCCACAGAAGAUAUGGUGGAAUGGGAACUAUUUUGGUAAUCAAGGUAUCUCCUGAGUCAGCAUACCAGUUUGGGGAACUUGUGGCUGAUCCUGUUACUAAUGAACUGUUGCACUACGCAGAGAAACCUGAAACUUUUGUGAGUGAUCGUAUAAAUUGUGGUGUCUACAUAUUUACCCCUGACAUCUUUACAGCCAUUCAAGGUGUAUCCACACAACGAAAAGACAGAGCUACCCUAAGGCGUGUAUCGAGCUUUGAAGCUCUUCAGCCAGCAAACAGGAGUCUCCCAACAGAUUUUGUAAGAUUGGAUCAAGACAUUCUAUCUCCACUUGCUGGGAAAAAGCAGUUAUAUGUAUAUGAAACCAUGGACUUCUGGGAACAAAUAAAAAAUCCUGGAAUGUCUCUGAAAAGUUCUGGCUUGUAUCUCGCACAAUUCAGAUUCACCUCACCCCAUCUGUUGGCAAGUGGGGAUGGUACAAAGAAGGCUACAAUCUCUGGUGAUGUGUAUAUACAUCCAUCAGCAAAAGUUCAUCUGACUGCAAAGAUUGGUCCAAACGUUUCAAUCUCUGCCAAUGCUCGCAUAGGAGCUGGUGUGAGGCUUGUCAGUUGUAUUAUUCUUGAUGAUGUUGAAAUCCAGGAAAAUGCUGUUGUAAUCCACGCAAUUGUUGGAUGGAAGUCUUCCAUCGGAAGGUGGUCAAGAGUCCAAGCUUCAGGAGAUUACAAUGCAAAGCUUGGAGUUACAAUUCUUGGUGAAUCUGUAACAGUAGAAGAUGAAGUCGUGGUUGAACAAGUAGAAAUCAUGGAGAAGGAUCAAGAAUGCAUAUCCUACAUAACCCAGCAACAGGCUGUGGAAAUUGAUGAACUACUCAUGGGCCCUUUGGGAUUCAGCGUCGAUCAGCUCAUGGAACUGGCUGGACUGAGUGUUGCAUCUGCAAUAGCAGAGGUCUACAGAUCAACUGAAUAUAACCGUGUACUUGUCAUUUGCGGUCCUGGAAAUAAUGGUGGUGACGGUCUUGUAGCUGCCCGUCAUUUACAUCACUUUGGAUAUAAACCAUACAUAUGUUAUCCCAAACGUACUCCUAAACCUCUUUACACUGGUCUGGUCACUCAGCUUGAGUCAUUGUCAGUUCCUUUUCUGCCUGUAGAAGGUCUGACUCAGGAGUUAUCGAAUGACUUUGACAUUCUAGUAGAUGCAAUAUUUGGCUUCUCAUUCAGUGGUAUGCCAAGGCCACCUUUUGAUGGUUUGAUACAUGGCUUGGUGUCUGCAAGAAAACACAAUCAAAUGUUUCAGAGAUCACCUGUCAUUGUUUCUGUGGAUAUACCUUCUGGUUGGCAUGUUGAAAAAGGAGACGUCAAUAGCGAAGGCAUUAAACCUGACAUGCUGGUUUCUUUAACAGCUCCUAAGCUGUGUGCUAAAAUGUUUUGUGGUCCGCACCACUUUCUGGGUGGAAGAUUUGUGCCUCCAUCUAUUGUGGUCAAAUUUAAGCUUCAAUUUCCACCAUACCCUGGCACUUCUAUGUGUGUCCGAAUCGGAAAACCUCCUCAAGCUGAUGUGCAAGUGCAGAUUUCUCCCGGAAAUGAUGAGAAGCACCGGGAGGCUGAUCCCUUUGUUCAGUUCCAGAAAUGGUUUGAUGAUGCAGUGGCAGCAGGCUUGAAGGAACCAAAUUCUAUGGCCCUGUCAACUGCCAGCAAAGAUGGAAAACCUUCUUCACGAAUGGUCCAAUUAAAAGGCAUCCAUGGAGAAGGAUUUGUCUGGUGCAGUAAUUAUGGUAGUCGAAAAGCUCAAGAAAUAUCUGAAAAUCCUCAUGCUUCACUUCUUUUCUACUGGAGUGGUUUAAAUCGCCAGGUAAGAGUGGAAGGUUUUGUGCAGAAAGUUUCUGAUGAAGAAUCCGAGCAGUACUUUCGUAGUCGUCCACGAGAGAUUCAGAUUGGCCCGGCAGUUAGCGAGCAGAGUACUGUAAUUCCUGGACGGCAGUUUCUCCAUCAAAAAUACAAGGAAUUAGAAGAGAAGUACUCUGAUGGAAGUAUGAUUCCCAGACCUAAACACUGGGGAGGAUACAGACUCAUACCAGAGUGUUUUGAGUUUUGGCAAGGAGAUGAAUCACGAGUGCACCUAAGGUUGCGCUAUGCUGCCGAAGAAAUUGGUGGAAAAAUAGCCUGGAGAAGAAUUGUUAAAUAG